CGUGAGAGGGCAACACAGUUGCCUAACAUGACUUUUAGCCAAGUGGUCGAGCAAGGGUUAAAAGGAGAGAAAGAAUGGGAGGAAAGAAAGUUGAAGAACGCCGAAGAGGCAAAGAAGAGGAAGUGGGAGAACCAUGGGCAUCAAGGUCCUAGCAAAAAGGGGAACCAUGGGGGAGGGGGAUCUUUUCGGACACCCCCCCUGCCACCUAGGGGAAGUCAUGGCCCGGGCGGGCAAUCACAAGCCUCGGGGGUGACUCGUUGCAAGAAUUGCAAGAGGAACCACCCGGGGAAAUGUCGUGACCCUCCUAGAUGCUACCAAUGCGGGAGCACCGGUCACAUGAAGAUGAGCUGCCCACAACUGGGCGGGACGAGGGCAUCAGGGCCAAGUAGUGGUAAUACCGGGACACGGAAUCAAGCCGGGACUUCACAAGCGUCCAGGGGGCAAGGGGGAGCAAGCGCAAGCAACGCGCCGUCCGUGAAUCAAGGAAGGACUCAAGCUAGGGUCUACGCGAUGACGGAGGCGGAUGCUCAAGCUAACCCGGAUUCCGUUGCAGGUUGAGGCUAGAGCUUGCUUCCUGUGCUCGUUGCUCGAGAGAUCAUAUAGGAGGGAAGACUUGGUUCGUGCUUCCUCCAUUCUGUUUUUUUAACAAUAAUAAACAUGCUCAUGGAUAUUUUACUAUAGAGCCUGCGUGCUCAUGAAUAGCCAUGUGUGGCCCUUUUGUUUUAAACAAAGUUUUCCGCUGCGUUAUGAAUUACUUAUUAUGUUUGUUUAUGGAUGUACAUGUGUGAAUGAUAUUCAAGACGCCUUGUAUAAUAUGAAUGUGUUGGACUGCGGUUGACUAUUCGUAUUGUACGGCGGGUUGUUGACGUGUCCGGAUAGGUCCGGGGCGUGACAUCAUCACUCUGUAAAUCCAAAAAAACUUUCCAGAAGUUAAAAAACAAACAUCAUUACAAAUGUUUUAAAAAUUGAAGAUUGUAGGAGAGAACUAAUAAAAUUGGGUCUAUCGAUUGUUUGUUCGGCUCUAUACAACU